AUGGCUGAGUUGUCCUCGGAGGCUGUUCCCGCUUGGGAGUUCCAUUUGCCGCUGUCUGCUGACGAUUUGCUACGCAGUGAUGGGCCCUCGCAGUACGCCGUGCAGGAGGUGCUGCCAGUCAAGGAACUCCGGGGACAGCUGGCAGGAUUCCAGGCAGGAUUCCGCACCCAAGGAGCUCUUGCCAUCCUACAGCACUUUGAUACCUUGUACAGCAUCCUACACCACUUCAGGAGCGUGGAAGCUUCCGUUAAGGAGGAUGCCCUGGAAUUGAUGCGGAAAGUGGUGUCCAGUCACUCCAACGCCCUGACAGCCAUCUUGGACAGUGCCGACCUGACACCCUCACUCCGCACUCUUCACUGCAACGCUCUCAAGAUGAACUGCUAUGUGCUUGUGCGGCUCGUGGAGGCUUUCGAAACAGAGGCCAGCAGGAGCGGCCUGGUGGGGCUGGAUUCCAAGAAAAAGAACAAGAAGAGCCAGAGCACCAGCUUCCUCUGGGAGGAGGAGAGGCAGCCCAUCCUGCAGCUGCUCACACAGUUGCUGCAGCUGGACCUCCACCGUCUGUGGAUGGGCUCGGUAGUGGAGGAAGAGUUCGUCAGUUUAAUGACCGGCUGCUGUUACCACAUCCUGGAAAAUCCCAGCAUUGGCCACCAGAGGCAUCGGCCCACCCGAGAGGCGGCCAUUCAUCUGCUAGGGGUGGCCCACCGGCGCUACGACCACAUGCUCAAUGCCACUCUGAAGGUCACCCAGAUGCUCCAGCACUUUGAGCACGUGGCGCCAGUGUUUGUGGAGGCUGUGAGCUUGUGGGUCAAGGAGUACGGCAUGAAGAGCAUCGUGGGGGAGCUGCUGAGGGAAAUUGGGCAGAAGUGCCCUCAGGAGCUGGCCCGGGAUGCUUCGGGAGCGAAGGGCUACGCCGUCUUCCUCGCUGAGCUGGCAGAGCAAGCGCCAGCCAUCGUACUCUCCAACAUGAGUGUCUUGGUGCAUCACCUGGACGGAGAGAGCUACGGGAUGCGCAACGCCAUCUUGGCGGCUAUGGCAGAGAUGCUACUGCAGGUGCUGAACGGGGAGCAGCUGGAAGACUCCGCCCGCAGCACGCGGGAUCAGUUUCUGGACACCCUGCAGGCACACACGUGUGACGUCAACGGGUUCGUGCGCAGUCGCGUGCUGCAGCUCUUCACCCGAAUUGUGCAGCAAAAAGCCCUGCCCCUGACUCGAUUCCAGGCUGUUGUGUGCCUCGCCGUGAGCCGGCUACAGGACAAGUCUGUAACUGUGGUUAAGAAUGCCAUUCAGCUUCUGGCGGCCUUCCUCUCCAACAACCCCUUCUCCUGCAAGCUGAGUUGCACAGACUUAACGGAGCUGCUCCAGAAGGAAAGGCAGAAGCUGCAGGAAUUGAGGGACAAGCGCAGGACCGCAGCUGCCGUGGUGAUCCCUCCAGAGGAAGAGUGGGAAGCCAUGCAGCCAGAACUCCGGGCAACCGUGAAGAGCUGCCUUAGCUCCCAGCCACAGAGGGAAGAAGCAGGCGACCUCGAGGCAGGGGACCCAGCCCAGGUGUCUGACAAGAUCGUCCAGCUGUUGAGGAAAUCCAGUUACAGGGACGCUGUACUCCUGGCGCAAAGAGCCGUAUGCCUUUUCCAGGGGGCGGAGCCAUUUGUCGGCUGUUCAAGAACAGAGGAUGAGGAAGACUUUCUCCUGGGCCUGUUGAGAACCCUCUAUACGGGUUCCCAGCCAGGUGGAGGUACCCAGGAACCCACAGAUGGGGCAGAGAACACGGGAGGCGAAGAGCAAGGGGCGGAGGAGCCACCAUCGAGUGAACUGGCGAAGCAGGAGAUGCUGGUACAAUACCUACAAGACGCCUACAGCUUUUCAGUAAAAAUCACAGAAGCCAUGAGCCUGGUCUCCAGGAUGAUGUAUGAAAGCUCUGUCUCUGUGGUGCAAGAAGCCAUCGAGUUCUUUGUCAUAGUCUCCCAGUUCGGCAUCCCUCAAGCCGUCGUCGGAGUCCGCCGAAUGCUCCCCCUCAUCUGGUCGAAGGAGCCAGGAAUCAGGGAAGCCGUGCUGAACGCCUACCGGAGGCUCUACCUGAAUCCUAGCGGGGGCUCAGAAAGGGCUCGAGCACACAGCCUGGUGCAGUCCCUGUCUCUCCUCAUGGUGGAUGCAUCACUGGCAACCAUCCAGUGCCUGGGAGAAAUUAUUUCAGAAUUUAUCCAGAAAGAUGAAAUAAAACCUGCUGUGGUCCAGCUGCUGUGGGAGCGGUUUACAGAGAAAUCCCAGUGUUCCUCCCUGGAGCGCCAUGUGGCUAUCAUGCUCCUGGGAAUGAUGGCACGGGGGAAGCCUGAGAUUGUUGGGAGCAACCUCGACGUCCUGGUAAAGAUGGGGCUGGAUGAGAGAGUGCCUGAAAACUAUCGCCUUGCGCAGGAAGUGUGUAACGCCAUCUCCAAGAUUGCCAGCACUCAGAAGCCUGUCCUGGGGAAAAGUGGAGCUCCCUUCCGGCUUCCGAAGUCACACCUCCUCUUUGAGCGCCUGAGCGAGGCUAUAAGCGUGGGCUUUGCGGGAUCCAGCCCACACUGGAUCCCUUUCACAGAAACAGCUGUCGCUCUCAUCUACCAGCUGGCAGAAGGGCCCGAGGAAAUUUGCACUCACAUCUUGCAGCGUUGCAGCCAGCAGGCCCUGGAGAAGCUGGGCGAGCCGGAAGGGGCUGAGGCAGAGUCGGGAUCUUCUCCCACCGGAGGUGUAGGGGACUCCACCUCCGUCGAUGCUCUGCUGCUGACCCACCUGGUCUCCCUCGCGGGGGACGUGGCCCUGCAGCAGCUCGUGCAUCUGGAAUUGGCGGUGAGUGCGGAGCUGCGCAGGCGCCGAAUCGUUGGGGAAGAGCAGGAGACGAAGCGACGUGCCAGCAGCAGCACAAAGAAGCAGAGGGCCAAGAGCACCGGGAACGAGGCAACCAUGGAGAUGGAGCUCGGCUUGACUGGGGCCUCUGCUGAAGACACCGAAGCGGAGCUCAUCCGCAGCAUUUGUGAGACCGAGCUGUUGGACGGUAAGCAGCUGCUCUCCGCCUUUGUUCCCCUGGUGCUCAAGAUAUGCAACAACCCGGGCCACUACAGUGACCCAGCCCUUUCAGCCGCUGCCGCAUUGGCCCUCGGGAAGUUCUGCAUGAUCAGUGCAGAAUUCUGUGAUGCUCAUUUGCGGCUCUUCUUCACGAUGAUGGAGAAAUCCACCCUCUCUAGCGUGCGAACCAACCUCAUGAUCGCCGCCGGAGACUUGGCCAUUCGUUUCCCAAACCAGGUGGAGCCUUGGACACCCCACCUUUACGCCAGGCUGCGGGACCCCUGCCCCCCCGUGAGGCGGACGGCUGCGCUGGUGAUGACUCACCUGAUCCUGAAGGACAUGGUGAAGGUGAAGGGGCAGGUGAGCGAAAUGGCCGCUCUCCUCAUCGAUCCUGAAGAGGAGAUCGUGGCGCUGGCCCGCAACUUCUUCACGGAGCUCUCCAGCAAGGGUAAUGCCGUAUACAACUUGCUUCCGGACAUCAUCAGCCGUCUCUCGGAUCCCGACUCGGGCAUCGAUGAGCAGCCAUUCCGCACCAUCAUGAGGCAGCUCUUCUCCUAUAUCACGAAAGACAAGCAGACGGAGAGCUUGGUGGAAAAGCUUUGCCAGCGGUUCCGGACCGCCCGAACAGAGCGUCAGCACCACGACCUGGCUUUCUGCCUGACCUUGCUCCCGCUCACAGACCGAGGCCUCCGUAAGAUGCAAGACAACUUCGAGUGCUUUGGGGACAAGCUGCAGGACGUGGCCGUCUACAGCUGCUUUCAGGCAGUGCUGGGCCGCCUCCGACGGCUGUGCGCGAAACCCGAGAUGAAGACUCUUGUUGAAGAAUUUGAGCAGAAGCUGCAGAAGUGCCACAACAGGGGCCUGGACUCUCUGGCCGGAACUCCCCAGGGGUCCAAAUGCCCAGAAAGCAGCGGGAGGCCUGUGGCCCAGACGGCCAAAAGAACAGCAGCGAGCUCCCGUCGCCAGCAGCCACUGCGGGCUGCCAACCGAGAGACGGACUCGCCCUUCGUCACCCCCAAGCCCCGCGUCUCCAGAGCCCGCAGGAAGAUUUCCAGGCAGAAGGCUUCCGUCGUCUUCUCCAGUGAUGAGGAAAACAGCCUGGAAGAAGCCGAACUAACGGAGGAGGAAACGCCCAGCAAAACAACUCCCAUUUCCCGUGCGUCAGCCCGCUGUGCCCGGUGAUGGCAUC